AUGGCCGCCCUAGCAACGCCGACGCUUGAAGGAUGGACCAGGUACCAACAGAAUGGCUGUUUUAGUGCUUCAGAUGCUCUUCAACAUUUUCAGAGCUGGAAGACCAAAACUGAUCAAGUUAAGAAAACUGAAUUUAUAAGAACAGGCAAUAAACUUAAAAAUCAACUUGUGAACCUUGAAAAGGAUAAGCAUGUUUUCUUUUCAAUAAGAAGAGUAUUUUAGGAUGGAUAUUGCAUACGAGAACUCGAACACAAAUUGAAAAACCGGAAAACAGAAAAAGCAAAGAUACAGCAAAAACUGACUAGAAUCCAUAGUGCUGUUAAGGGACUUCAGCGACAGCUAAAAGAUGUGAAACCAACUCCUGAAUUUGUUGACAAGCUUAGAGAAAAUGAAGAAGCUGAAACAGCAAUAAGUUCUUUUAAAGAAGAGCAGCGACAAAUUUAUGACGAACUUCUAAGAGAGGAGAAUGCUGCUACAAAUGAGAUCAGUGCCUUAGAAAGAAAAAUUGAGAUGUGGGCUGUAGGAACUUCAGCUGCAAGAAUUUUCAAGCAAUGUGUAUUUCCAGUACAUAAGGAAGUCCAAAAUCAAUUUCCUGAAGAAGUCCUUGAACUUGAAAGAUUUCUUCAGCAAACUGGAGGAAGGCAAGGAGGUUGGGAUGAAUGCGAUCAUCAAAUCUUUCGAAAAAUCUGGAGAAAACAUAAAGGGAAACCUUCCUACAUUACUGAAACCCUUGAAUACCUCCCUGAUAGAACAAAGGAAGACAUUCAAUCACAUGAGAAAUGGCAUAAAGAAUUUCUAAUUUUGGAGUCAAAGAAAAAGGAGGCCAUUAAAAAAUGGAAGAUGAAGAAACAAGAAAGGGGUAAAAUCUUAGUCCAGAAAGAGAAUCCUGAGGAAGUGCCCGCUGAUAUUCAACAUGAGCGUGAAGAAGCUCAGAAGCAGAAAACUGAAGAGGAAAGGAAAAAACGAUUAGCAGAGCUGGAAGCAUGGAAGAGAGACAAAGCACUUGCAACUGCAGCAAAACAGGAAGCUCAGUUUAAAGAAGAAGAAGAGAAGGAGAAAAAAAAGCAGAGAGAACGACAGCGGCAACUUCAAACGAAGUUACUGUUGGAAGAUUAUAGUAGAGAGAAAAGGGAACAAGAAGACUUGCUGAGACUUGAAAAAGAAAGAAGAGAGGAAGCUGAAAGGGAAGAGAAGAAAAGAACUGCAGCAGAAGAAAUUGUUAAAUUCCAAGAACGAGAUCUGCAUAAACUUGAGCUGAAGUUUCUAGAAAAGCAGGCAAAGGAAGAUGAAAAGAUCGAAAAAGAAAAAAGAUUGUCUAAGCUGAGAAAGAAGGUUCAUAUUAAUGUAACUCGGGAUCCAUGCAGGUUAUUCAGACCUACAAAAGUUUGGGAAGAACGAACAAAAGAGAUUGGACCUAUAGGUACAGGACCAGUGUUGUAUAUUCCUCAUAGGGCUGUCCCAAGCUGGCGACAGGGAUUAUAAUUGGACAUCUGCAAAUAAUUU